CGUAUCUCAACAUCAACAUAUCCUUUGCUCCUACUUUAAUUAAAUACAACGAUGGCGAACUUUGCCAACUUCACUCAGAAACAUCAUCGUCUUCGGAGGUUUUUCCCACACAAACUCAGAUUCCUGCUCCGUUUUCUAGCCUUCCAUGUCCACCCCUUCUUUAUUCAACUCUGUUAUUUUGGGAUACUUUCUCUGUUUGGUUACCUUGCUCUCAAAAACUCAAACCCAAGAUCCCCCGGUAGACCAAAGGACUUUGACCUCUUUUACACCUCUGUUUCUGCUUCCACUGUUUCUAGCAUGGUGGCAGUUGAAAUGGAGGCUUUCUCCAAUUCUCAGCUCAUUCUCCUCACCUUUCUCAUGUUUGUCGGCGGGGAAGUUUUCACUUCCAUGCUUGACCUUCUAUUUGCCAGGUAUAAACUCACCCAGUCUGUCAGAAACAGAGAUAGCACCAACCCCUUUUCACCCACAGCAGAGAAGCCCCCAGUUCAUGACAACCAUGUCGAGCUUGGUUUAAUAUCUAUUCCUCACUCUCAACCCGAAAACCACAACCCUAGUAACGACAGUUAUAGACUUAAGUAUAACUGUCUUACUUAUCUGACUUAUAUAGUUUUAGGUUACUUUGUGGUUGUUCAAUUGGUCGGCUUCAGUUCGGUGUCUUUGUACAUGACCUUGGUACCUAGUGCAACAAAAGUACUGAAAAACAAAGACAUUAAGAUUUCAACAUUUUCUCUGUUCAUCAUAGUUUCCACUUUUGCUAGCUGUGGUUUUGUCCCCACCAACGAGAACAUGAUGGUUUUCAAGAAGAAUUCGGGGCUUCUCCUCCUUAUACUCCCACACGUGUUUCUAGGUAACACCCUUUACCCUCCUUGUUUGAGGGCGGUGAUUAUGGGUCUAAGAAAGGUGAGCAGAAGAGAGGAAUUCUCACACCUGCUGAAGAAUUUCAAAGACAUUGGGUACGAUCAUAUGCUCUCUGGUCUUCAAUGUUGCUUCUUGGUUGCUACUGUUUUGUGUUUGAAUGUUAUACAGUUUGUGAUGUUUUGGUCCGUGGAGUGGAAAACGAAAACUAUGGAGGGUUUGAAUUUUUAUGAGAAAGUGGUGGGAUCGUUGUUCCAAGUUACAAAUGCGAGACACGCUGGGGAAUCUGUGUUCGAUCUCUCUUCCAUGUCUUCAGCCAUAUUGGUGGUCUUCGUUGUCAUGAUGUACCUUCCGCCAUAUACUACAUUUUUACCUGUAAGGGAGGAGGAAGAUGACGCCAAGAGAAAAAGAAAAAGCGCAGUGGAGUGUGUUGUAUUUUCUCAGCUCUCUUACUUAGCCAUUUUCAUCAUUCUGGUAUGCAUGACAGAGAGCAAAAGCUUGAAAGAGGAUCCACUCAACUUUAACGUGCUCAGCAUCACCCUCGAAGUCAUAAGUGCUUAUGGGAAUGUAGGGUUCUCCAUGGGAUACAGCUGCGCAAGGCAGUUGAAAGGAGAUGGUAGCUGCAAAGAUUCAUGGGUUGGAUUUUCUGGAAGAUGGAGCAACAAAGGAAAGUUCGUCCUUAUGUUGGUCAUGUUCUUUGGGAGGCUCAAGAAGUUCAACAUGAAAGGUGGCAAAUCGUGGAUCCUCUCUUAGACACUAACACCAUAUUGUAACCAUGUUUGUUCGAAAAAACCUAUUUAAUGUUCUCAUCUGCUUUAUAUAUAUAUAUUAUUAAGGAUUAAAAGA